AUGGAGGAGAAUAGAUCAGAAAGUCAGACAAAAGAUAGACCGACCGAGAGAGAGUUUGAGAAAGAGGCGGCAGCAGAUAGGCAGAGAUUUCGACUGGCAGAGAGCAAGAGAUUUCGACUUCGACUGGCAGAGAGCAAGAGAUUUCGACUGAAACACCUUCGAACAGACACUUUUGCUGACUUUGAAGAUUUAAAAAUUACUGUUGGAAAUGGAACUGCCAUUGGAAAAACUCUAUUGGAUUGGGAGACGAUACAGAUGCAAGAAUUUAUGGAAAAACUUUCUCAUGGUUUGGACUCGAUUGGAAAAAUUGCCACUGAAAUUCGGGGAAUGUAUAACCUAAUGGAGAAAAGGAAAAAGGCAAUUAGUGAAAAGGAGAAAAAGAAUAAUAUUUGGAAUGCUAUUAAGGAAACUCCAAAUUUAUAUAAUCAUGGUCGCUAUAAAGCACUUGCGUUGAUUCAGAAAAUGGGAGUCAAAGAUGCAUUCUUGAAGAUGUUACCUGAAGAGCGCUCAGAAUGGAUAUCAUUUAAUAUGGAAUGA